CAUACAUAACCGGGCUUUAUAAUCGUGGUUGUUGCGAGCGCAGGAGCAAACACAAAAGUCUAUAGGAUAUUUGCGUUUGUCAAGAGCAUCGGAAGUGAAUCUGCGAUCUAGGCCGAUUUACUAGUGCUAAAACGUACGUUGUACAGUUUGACUGAGCGAUAAACAAGGGAAGAGCACGGAAGUGGCUUAGGCUCAUAAUUUCGCUGCCUCCAUGAAUUGACAUGAGGCAGCUGUCCAGCAUCUGAAUAUCAAUCGCGUACCGUAUCUUCUUCCGUCAUAUCUAUCGUCUCGCCAUCGAAGUUGAAAUAGCUGCUUGUGCGAAGAAUCUGUGCAGUCAUGCCGCCAAGCAUCACGAACCUCGCCGAGGAAUGGCUGCGUUUGGACGAAGAUAGAGAAACGCGAGAUGAGAUUUACAAACUACUUCUCGGUAACAAGCAUGAUGAGCUGGAGAGCCGACUGCGCAACCGGAUCGCGUUCGGCACCGCUGGCCUCAGGGCUCGCAUGGAGGCUGGAUUCUCACGAAUGAAUUCUCUCACAGUCAUCCAGGCAUCCCAAGGUCUGGCUGCAUACAUUUUGCAGACCAUACCAGAAGCCCAAAAGCUGGGCAUCGUGCUUGGUCGGGACGCCCGCCACAAGUCGGAACAGUUUGCGAGGCUCACUGCUGCUGCCUUUGUUGCGAAGGGGAUCAAGGUCUGGUGGUUUGAGAAGCCAGCGCCAACACCACUCGUCCCGUUCGCAGUUGGCGAGCUUCACGCUGCUGCCGGUAUUGUUAUCACUGCAAGCCAUAACCCAGCGGCCGACAAUGGAUACAAAGUAUACUGGCAGAAUGGCUGUCAGAUCAUCCCACCGCACGAUACUGGUAUCGCAAAGUCGAUCGAGGAAAACCUGGAACCGAUUACGUGGGACACUUCUGUUAUCGACGACGAUAAUCUCCUAGUCAAGGGCUGUCUGAAUUUAGUACUGCGCAAGUACUGUAAUGCAGUACGCGCUGCUGCCGCUCUGCCCAACAUUCCUUCAUCAGUAUAUCCCAGAUUUGCGUACACUCCGAUGCACGGAGUCGGUUUGCAAUUCAUGGAGGAGAUAAUGGAUGCUCUAGACUUGCGAUUCAACAUGGUCCGCGUCGUGGACCAAUCUUAUCCCGAUGGCGACUUUCCAACCGUUCCUUUUCCUAAUCCGGAAGAAAAGGGAGCUUUAGAUCUCGCCAUCAAAACUGCAGAUGUUACCAAAGUCCACUUCAUUCUUGCAACAGACCCGGACGCAGACCGACUUGCUGUAGCCGAGAAAGUUGAUGGCAAAUGGCACCAAUUUACAGGAAAUGAACUAGGCAUUCUCCUUGCCGCUCAUGUACACGAGACCUAUGAAGGCACAAAGGAGAGUGAGAAACAAGCCAUGCUUGCAUCGACAGUCUCAUCUCAGAUGCUCAGUGCGUAUAGUCAUGCAGAGGGCAUCCAUUUUCAAGAGACACUGACGGGCUUCAAAUGGCUCGGCAACAAAGCAAUAGAGCUGCAAGAGCAAGGCUACCACGUUCUUUUUGCCUUCGAAGAGGCUAUCGGAUAUAUGGUGCCCAAGGUCGUCAAAGACAAGGACGGUCUCAGUGCUGCGGCCGUUUUCCUCUCCGCUGUUGCUAGAUGGCAGAUGAACGAUGCAGAGACGCCAUACCAUAAGCUUCAAAAGCUCUUCAAGAAGUACGGCCACUUCGAAGAUGCCAACACAUAUCUCAUCUCCCCCUCUCCAGAGACAACAAACACAGUCUUCUCGGAGAUUCGUGCGCUGGGCUCUCCGCACCCCUCGCAUCUUGGUAAGCAUAAGAUCGCACGCUGGCGAGACUUGACAGCCGGCUAUGACUCAGCGACCAAGGACCACGUCCCUGAUCUGCCAGUGUCGAAGGACAGCCAGAUGAUAACCUGCGACUUGGAGCCACAUUUUCUAGAGGCCCAGGUAAGAUUCACAGUACGUGGAUCAGGCACCGAACCUAAGAUUAAGCUGUACAUUGAAGGCAAAGCCGGGAGUGCAGAAAAGGCGAAGAGGGCUGCUGAGAAGGUACUUGAAGAUCUAUUAACAGAGUGGUUCAAGCCUGCGACGUAUGGACUGAAGUUGGCUUGAUCAAGGUGGCGUAUAAGUAUCGACUCUUGCAAUCAUGAAAAGCUCGAGGGACAAUAUAAAGGUCGAGAAUUGGUCAUACGCGUCCAAACUACAUGGAGAAUGAUUAUCCGUGCCAUUCUUGACCGCAUAUUCAUCUGCUGAACGCACGAGGGCAUACUACCCACUAUGAAUCAAUAUCGAAGAACUUCUGCUCUAGAACUUUUACCUUGUGCUGUUUAGCAUGUAAGCAGCUUGAUUAUGGGCACGACCGAAGAAGAUGGUGCCAAGUCCCUUGCCCUGCGGGUCUAUAAAUCUCCCAUGGACGGAAUUUGGCUUCCAUCAUGGCUCUACGAAGAUUACAGAACACCGAGGUUCCUGUGGGUGAAUCUAUAUACUAUCAUGUAUAUAAAUAUAAGCGCAGUCUUCCACGG